UUGUUGAAGUCCUAAUUUUAAGGAUGCGUGUUCUUGUGUUUCCGUGUUUUGCAGAAAUAUUCCAGUUAUUCUGUGAUGGAAACGCUAAACCCUGUUGACUAAAUAGCCUUGAUUGUACAGUAUAAGACCGGUACCUUGUUGUUUGGAGGUAGACCCGUCUGAAACUGCUGCUCGUACACACUCCAAACAAAGCUGGGGUUCAGAUCGAAGCCUCAUUUUGCUUGUUUUAUUAGAUUGAUUUAGCUUUAGUUCAUAGAAAUCCAUCAGAAGUGAAUGGGGAAGGUGGUCUUUUGUCAUGUCUCAGUUAAGAAAGGGUUCAUAUAUGAUGCAACAGCUACGCAUGGUUUAGUGAUGUUAAUCACGGUUUAUAGAUUAGAUGAUUUCUAUGAUUUGGGAGGACUCUGCGUACAUUUAGAGAUGGCAGGGAUGCAGGUUUUCUCUCAGAUUUAAGAUAAAAGUUUGUUUUGUCUCUUCAAAGUGCAGUUCUGAGAUCAGCUGUGUGAGCAGAAGAGGGAGGGGUUUUUUAUUGAAUGAAGAAAGGUGAAUUAGCAUAUUAAUAGUAGCUAGCUCCUCCUGCUCCUGUAGCAGCCCCCGCUCCGGGUAACUUGCGUCGCUCUGUCCUCGUUUCCUCUCAUUUACUUCCAAACAAUCGCUGUCCCCGCUUCCUUUGUUUACCUGGCUCGCUCCGUCCUCUCACUUUCUGUUUCCGACUGAAGACAAUAGCAGAGUUUUCUUAUUUCGAUCUGAGUGAGACAUGGUUGUCUCUCUGUUAAAGUCCUCUGGAUCAGCGCGGAAUGAGCCGGAUUUGUCUUCGAGCUCUCGCUGGAAGACUUUGCUGAAAGGAAUAACCCAAAUUCUCUCCUGAGCAACAGUUGCUUGACACUUUCCACGGCAACUCUGCAACUAUGGAGGGUGGGCACGGAGCAGAUUGCGGGCUUAAAACAAAUGAUGUGUCCUCAUCAGAGAGGAACUGCUGAGGAGAGACUCAGGAGUGGACGAAAAAGGGACAAGAAGGAAUUUUCUGUUUUGGCUUUUGGAACUUUGGAUAACGGGAGAUGACCCGGAGGACAAGCAGAAACUUUUCACAGAGGGAUUAUCUUUAUUGUGUAUCGGAGGAUUUUCACCCUACAACACUGAAAACCGGGUCUUCUGAGGAUUCCAUCCCUUUGGAAGUGAUUCUUUGCAAAAACAGUCGCGUGAGAUGGGUUUUUUUUGUCUUACUGAGCUUCGCGCAAAUUAGUGUUUGGAUUAUGUAAGCAUUUUCUCUGAGUUGUGUCUGGAUCUUGCUGUGUUUAUUUACUCGUCCCCCACACACACGAGAAGUUCAGAGUGUGAGAUGAGAGGCUGCGAAGCCGCUAGCUGCCUCUCUGUCCUUGGUGCAGACAGGCACAGGAAAGGGCAGACAUGCAUUUCCAUGGCGAUGAGUGGCUGCAGCCCUUUCCCCAUGUGCUGGAACAGAGAAUAUGACAGACACCUAGCAGCGGCGGUAUCAGCAGGGAAAACCAUGGCAACAGCCUACCUGGACUCCAACCUGAACAACCCCCUCCUGGGAGGCCCCAAAACCCAGCUCAGUUUGGGGGUAUCGGACCGAACCAUGGCUGGCUCCGUGGACAGGGUUCUGAAGGUCUUCCACCACUCUGAGAUCAACACUGAACAAAGCUUCUGGUCUUCCAACAUCAGAUAUGGAGACGCAACGGAUGUCAGGGGGAUCAUCCAGAAGAUUCUGGACAUCCACAAAGUUCGCUGGACGUCGUGUUUUGGCCUUCGUCUCACUUGUUGCCAAAGCCGACACCAGGUGCACUGGCUCCACCCAGAUAUGGGCGUGUCCCACAUCAGAGAGAAAUAUGAACAAGCACGGCCCAAUGAGGAGUGGAGGUAUGAGUUAAGGAUCCGCUAUCUGCCAAAAGGCUUUGUGCAGCAGUUCACAGAAGAUAAACCUACACUCAACUACUUCUACCAUCAGGUGAAGAAUGACUACAUGACACAGUAUGGGGACAAGGUGGAACAAGAUGUAGCUCUCAAGUUGGGCUGUUUAGAAAUCAGGAGGUUCUUUAAAGAGAUGAGAGGAAACGCGCUAGACAAGAAAUCCAACUACGAGCUUCUGGAGAAAGAUGUUGGUUUGAGGCGGUUUUUCCCUAAAGAUCUCCUGGACUCUGUAAAGGCUAAAACGCUUCGUAAGCUGAUCCAGCAGACCUUCAAGCAGGUAGCUAAUCUCAACGAUGAGCAGUGCAUCCUGAAGUUCCUGGAGACACUUGCCCCGAUCUACCGCUAUGACAAGGAGUUCUUCAAAUGUGCCCUCGGGUCCAGCUGGGUGAUCCAGGUAGAGCUGGCCAUCGGGCCUGAAGAAGGGAUCAGUUACCUCACAGAUAAGGGAUCGACCCCCACACAUUUAGCUAAUUUUAACCAAGUCCAGUCCAUCCAGUACUCGGCCAUGGAGGAGAAGGACAGGAAGGGCAUGCUGCAGCUGAAUGUAGCCGGAGCUGCUGAGCCUCUCACUGUUACGACUGCAUCCCUCACCACAGCGGAGAACUUAGCCGACUUGAUUGACGGCUACUGUCGCCUCGUUUCCAUGGAGACCCACUCAUUCAUUGUCAGAGUCCAGAAAGAGGGAGAGAGAGCUCUGCCUUCCAUUCCAAAACUGUCUAAUACUGAGAAGAAGCUAGAAGCCGUUCGGAAGGGAGUCAGAGCGAUCUCAGUCUCAGAGGACCUUAGUGGGGAUGAGACGGAUGACUAUGCAGAAAUAGUUGAUGAAGAGGACACUUACACCAUGCCCUCAAUGGCCUAUGGAGUGGUUGAAGCGCGGGACUAUGAGAUCCAGAGGGACCGGAUAGAGCUGGGUCGCUGCAUCGGGGAGGGCCAGUUUGGAGAUGUUCACCAAGGAGUCUACAACAGCCCAGACAAGCCCUCUCUAUCUGUCGCCAUUAAAACCUGUAAAAACUGCACCACAGACAGCGUCAGAGAAAAGUUCCUGCAAGAAGCCUUAACGAUGCGUCAGUUCGACCACCCUCACAUCGUAAAGCUGAUUGGCGUGAUCACAGACAACCCGGUGUGGAUCAUCAUGGAGCUCUGUACUCUAGGAGAGUUGCGGUCGUUCCUGCAGGUGAAGAAGUACAGUCUCGACCUUGCCACACUCAUUCUGUACGCCUAUCAGCUCAGCACCGCGCUCGCCUACCUGGAGAGCAAGCGCUUCGUGCACAGGGACAUCGCGGCGCGUAACGUGUUGGUGUCGUCCGUUGACUGUGUGAUGCUCGGAGACUUUGGACUGUCUCGGUACAUGGAGGACAGCUCGUAUUACAAAGCCUCUAAAGGUAAACUUCCUAUAAAAUGGAUGGCUCCUGAAUCCAUCAACUUCAGAAGGUUCACCUCCGCCAGCGACGUGUGGAUGUUCGGGGUGUGCAUGUGGGAGAUUCUGAUGUACGGCAUCAAGCCCUUCCAAGGCGUGAAGAACAACGACGUGAUUGGUCGGAUAGAGAACGGCGAGCGACUGGCCAUGCCCCCCCAGUGUCCUCCUACUCUCUACAGCUUGAUGACCAAAUGCUGGUCGUACGACCCGAGUAAAAGGCCGCGAUUCACAGAGCUCAAAACCCAGCUCAGCACCAUACUGGAGGACGAGAAGGUCCAACAGGAGGAGAGGCUUCGCAUGGAGAUCAGGAGACAGGUCACGGUUUCCUGGGACACCGGAGGCUCUGAUGAAGCUCCACCUAAACCGAGUCGACCUGGUUACCCCAGUCCUCGAUCCAGUGAAGACUUCUUCUCCAGCCCCCACCACAACCACGUCCAGCGUUUGGCUCAUGGAGGAACUGAUUCCUGGAAUCAUCUCAGAACUGAACAGAGUGCCCUGUGGAGCCCAAACAUGGAGGAGGGCGGAUGUGUGGGCCAGGCUCUGAUGGAGGAGAGACUGAUGAAGCAGCAGCAGCAGAUGGAGGAAGAUCGGCGGUGGCUGGAGCAGGAGGAGAGCCUCAUGAAAGCCGAAUCCAGAAACAGCAGAGGCAGCAUGGACAGAGAGGACGGCGCGCUCCAGGCACCGGGUGGAAGUCAACACAUCUACCAGCCUGUGGGGAAACCAGAACAUGUAGCCCCCCCUAAGAAGCCUCCCCGCCCUGGAGCUCCUGGCAACCUGCCCAGUCUCUGUUCAGUAGACAGCUACAACGAGGGGGUGAAGUUGCAGCCUCAGGAGAUCAGCCCGCCGCCCACAGCCAACCUGGAUCGCUCCAACGACAAAGUGUACGAGAACGUGACGGGGCUGGUUAAAUCUGUGAUUGAGAUGUCCAACAGGAUUCAGCCUGCUGCACCUGAGGAGUACGUCCCCAUGGUCAAGGAAGUGGGUCUGGCGCUGAGGACUCUACUGGCAACAGUAGAUGAAACAAUCCCCGUGCUGCCCGCCAGCACACACAGAGAGAUCGAAAUGGCCCAGAAGCUGCUGAAUUCUGAUCUGGCGGAGUUGAUUGCGAAAAUGAAGCUAGCGCAGCAAUACGUCAUGACGAGUUUACAAAAGGACUACAAGAAACAGAUGCUAAUGGCAGCUCACGCUUUGGCGGUCGACGCCAAGAACCUGCUGGACGUCAUCGACCAAUCACGACUCAAGAUGAUCAACCAGAUCCACCCACAUUAGUCUAAGAUCCAAUCAAGCCAAAGACUCCUGCUUCAGGGCAGGUUCAGAGGGUUUAAACGGAUGGCUGCCUGGACGUAGCGUUGGAUGUCUGUGAUGAAAGCAUGGACUGAAACGAUCAGCCCUCUGUUCUACAAUCACAGCUUCCUUUCCUCUUUUUGGAAACAUUUAUUGUAUUUUCUACUUUAUUACUGAUGUAUGCAUCUCCCUUCCUCUUUUUUAAAAGUCAUCCAUGACUUCGGUUUCAAUCUGAAGAAUGCAGAUAAAAUCAGGUUUUGGAGGCACGUUCGAAGGACACGACAGAUUAAUAAACUCUUCAUCGCGGUAACUGGAAGUGAAAAUCCAGUUUGAAGAGGACGAUGAAGAUGAUUUUACAAUUUUUUUAAAUGUGCUUUUUUUUAUCUUCAACAUUGAUGUUUGUGCAUUGACAUUUUCAGUUUUAGAUUCUCAGUCUUCCUCUUGAACUUUAUUCAAACAUAAAUUAACGAUUCACACAAUGUCAUCUUAUUUUUCUCCUUUAACGAUCGCUUCUGUGUCAGGAUGCAAGAGAAUCCAAAAGGAGAUGAAUUCUAGAAUUGAGAAAAAAGAAAAACAACCAGAUGAAACCUUUUUAAGUUAAUUUAUAUAGUAAAAAAAAACAUAAAAACUAUAUUUAACACAUUUCUGAGUUGUUAACAUAAACAGACGUUGGAGGGGACAGAAUCCUGAGGACUGGAUUUAAAUUAGACCGCGGUAAUAAAUAACUGGUAAUUAACUAAAAGGACCUGUUGGUAUAUACAAACCAACAAUUUUAUCAUGAUUUACGCAACAUUAUAUAUAUAUAUAUAUAUAUAUAUAUAUAUAUAUAUAUAUAUAUAUAUAUAUAUAUAUAUAUAUAUAUAUAUAAGUAAGCAUGAGAGCCGGUAUUUUUCAUUAAUAGAUGUUUUAGAGAAUAGAUCUAAUUUAAUCUGCAUGUUUUUAUUUGUUGCCUUGAAAAAAGGAACAUUUGCGCCAGAAGGAUUAUUUUAAAAAAUGUCUCCAUUAUUAUCAUUAGGUGUGUUUGACAGUCAUUUGGAUGUUUUUUUUUUAAUAUAUAAAAUUGAAUUGAUGUGGUCACCAUGUUUUUCUACCCCGUUUCUCUACCUACCUUCACUGGAGUUAUUUAUAUAUUUGUAAGUCUGUUUCCAAUUUCUGGCACCUUAUGUUUAUCUGUUUUCUCGCCUCUUCCUCUCUACCCUCUCCUCUGUGGUGAGCCGGAUACUCAGGAAGGAGACGCCUGUAUAGUUGCUAAACCAAGCAAAUAAAACACUGUUAUUAAUAAGAA